UGAUUCGAUGAGCAGAAUCGUCGGCGGCGGCGGCAAUGUCAACUCGGUGUUCUACGCCGAAUCGUACCACCCGAUUCAAGCCGGAAGCAUCGACGGCACCGAUGUUGUCCCUCACGAUAACGCAGUUUACCGCGCCCAACUCUGCUCUUCCGCCGGCCUCUAUGAGCCUUCCGGCGACCCCAAGAUAAUCGGCGACCCUUACUGCACAAUCUUCGUUGGUCGCCUCUCUCAUUUCACCGACGAUCAGUCGCUUCGCAAGGCAAUGAGCAAGUAUGGCCAUGUGAAGAAUUUGCGGAUAGUGAGGGACAUUGGUAAGUUAUUGUCUACUUGUCUCUUGUUUGAUAGCAUGAGAGUUGGAACAAUAACUGGUGCCUCACGUGGCUAUGCUUUUGUCGAAUUCGAAACUGAAAGGGAGAUGUAUCGUGCAUACAAGGAUGCUCACCGAUCCUAUGUUGAUGACUCGGAAAUUUUAGUUGAUUACAACAGGCAGCAGCUGAUGCCAGGGUGGAUUCCAAGAAGGUUAGGAGGCGGCUUUGGUGGCAAGAAAGAGUCUGGACAGCUUCGGUUUGGUGGACGGGAUAGACCAUUUCGAGCUCCUCUGCGACCAAUUCCUUACGACGAGUUGAAAAGGCUCGGCAUUCCUCCACCACCCGAAGGAAAAUACAUGUCACGGUUCGAGGUUCCAUCGCCCCCAAGAAGGAGCAGGAGUUCUAGAGACAGGGAAGAAAGACAGCAUCACAAGAAGAGCUCCAUUGAUGAUAAAGAACGUAGCCAUAGAAGUCGCAGUAAAUCAGAGAGCGAAGAAGGCUACAAGAGGAGCUCUGUGGCUUCUUCCAAACAUCACUCUGGGCGCAAGGAAGAGCACUACCAUGACAGAAGUAGACAAAGAGAUAGGGAUGAGGAGUACCAUGGAAGGUCUACAGAUAUCGAGGAGAGAUGGAGGCCGAGUGAUACAGGAGAAGAAGAAGAGGAAGAAGAGGGGUCAUAUCGGCGAAGGAAGCAUGAGAGGAGGUCUGAAAGGCACAAGAGGAAGCGAUCUAUUAGUCAGGAUUAUGGUUCUGGUCGUUGAGUUUUCUGUGUGGUUGGUGAAGUGCCAACUUCUGUGUAUAGACUCAUUGUAGGUGGUAGCUUGAAGUUAUAUUUUGGGAAACAGGGGCACGAGAAAAACACACUAACUUUUUUUAUUAGAUGUUGUUGUCAAGAUUUGAACACAUAACCUGUCAAAAUAUGUAAUAGUUCUUCUUUCAGAAAACGGAAGAUGUAGAAAAGGAAACUACCCGCGCUCAGGUAGGUAACCGUUAAAAGAAACCGCUCGGAAUACAAACUUUUGGUUCAUAAAUCGGAGCGGCAAAAUGGGAAAGAAGCUUUCUACAGAGUUUCAACUAAUCAUGGCGUUCAGGAUUCAGUUGCUUUCACCCAUUUCCCUGCUCUUCGCCUUCAUCUUCCAAGCUUCACAUCCCGCCAACUCAUCAGAUGAACUGCCCAAAUUCGUCUUCAGUUGGAUGGACAACGAUAACAACAACCAAUUCCUAGCCGGGGAUUUAGCGACCAUAAGGAUAAAAGUGCUCGGAGAAUUCGCCGGCGGUUUCAGCCCUGUUCUCACUGUCAAUGAGAAGGCCGGGAAUAGCUGUUACAUCUCUGGAAUUAUGGUGGAUACUGCAAGCAAUGACACGAAUUCUUGGGCGAUUUCGUUCACUCCCAUCAUGGCUGGAUCGUUUAGCAUCGUUAUUGUCGAUGCCCCUUUGAAAGUCUUCGAUUCGUCUCUCCAUUACCAAGUUGCGCCAGGUGUUAGAUUAUAUUACUCUGACACUUAAUCUGUUUCUUUUUUAUCUUUCUGUUUGGGGUGAAGUUGCUCUGACUUUUAUUUGGUUGUUUCCUUGAAAGGGAAAAUAUAUCCUUCUGUUUGCAUUGCGACAUGGAUGGAUGCAAUUAGUGAAUUCUCUGCCGGGAGUAAAGCUGUAGUCUUUAUAGUUCCUAGAGAUGCAUUUGGUAACAAUGUUACUCAAACUGGUGAGGAUUUAAAUCCUUACAAUUUCACUGUCUCUGUGCUUUAUGUGAACGGUUCUGUUGCAACUGUGCCUAACAUCUCGAGCACUGGUUGGAAUGAGUUCGGUUUCAUCUUUGUUGAGUUUCUUGCUACAAAAGCCGGGACGUUUUUGUUGGAUGUGCAAGGGGGGAAUCAGACCUUGAAUGGUUGCUCACUGUCAUUUAAGGUGAAUCCAGGACCUCUAGAUGUUUCGAAUUGCCAGCCCAGGUGGAAGAUUGAAACAAAUGUGUGGCAGAUAUACUCUAAAAUGGAGAUUUUCAUUCACCAGAGAGAUCAAUAUGGAAACCUUGUCCCUGGAUUGUAUGAAUUUGAUGCUGAUAUUUUUGAGAAAGGGACCCGCAUGUUAGUACCUGUUGCGGAUUUGCGCUUUGAAGAAAUGCUGCCUGGAAUUCAGCUGUUGUCUUUUGGGUUAUUUGAGCCAGGAAGUUUCUUGCUCACAGUAUCUGAUUUCAAUCAUAGCACGAAUAUCUCCGGAAUGCCAUUUGAGUACAUGGUCUUUAUAGGUUACUGUGAUGGGUCAGCAAGCAUUGUCAACGGAUCUGGUUUGAAUGAUUCUGUUGCCGGUCAAGCUGCAAAAUUUUCACUCUUUCUGAUCGAUGCCUUUCAAUAUCCAGCUUUUGUUGAAAUAGAAAGCAUAAGAGUGCAAAUUGUGAGGGCAAAUGAUUCCUACAAUGUCCAACCCAGCAUCUCUCCAGUUUUUAAUGGAAACGGAUCAACUGAAAGAACGAAAUUUGGUUCCAUUGGUCAAGUGGAAAGUUCCCCUGCGCAUUCUGCUGAUUUGAGCCACUUGUAUGCUGGACACAGUAAUGUCCUUGCCAGUGGAUUCGAUGUGGUUUAUACCCCUGAAAGGAGCGGGACUUACGCAAUCUUUGUAUUCUGUGGUAAUGUUCUACUGAAUGGCGGCCGCUCGUUCAUAAAGGAAGUUAGACCAGGAGGUGUUAAUUUAUCACUCUCUGGAGUAGUCAAAUUUUACCCAAAGGUGUCGAAGCUCAUUCAGAACGACAUAGUGGUGCAAUUGAUGGACUCAUUUUCUAAUCCUGUGCCACUUCUACAGUCAAGGCUGAAGUUGGAGUGUGCUUCUGUUAACAGCUCUGGAUUCUCAGCUGGGAUGUUCAAGGACAAAGAUAAUGGCUCUUAUACUUGUGGCUAUCUGCUUAAAAAUGUUGGAACUUAUGAGAUCUGUGUUUCAUUUGAUGGAAAACGUUUUUCAACCUGCCCCAUCAAGGUCAAUGCAUAUGGUGGUGAUUUUUUUCCAAAAGCUUAUGACGACUAUGUUGCAGUGUCCGAGGAUGAGUCUAUUGCCUUUGAUGUAUUAGGAAAUGACUUCUUUGCUGGAAGUAAUGCAAGCAUAACUCAGUUCUCAAACCCAGGUCGUGGUUCACUUCUGCUGAAUGGACAUGUCUUUCGAUACACUCCCUACAAAGACUACUAUGGAGAUGAUUCAUUUGUCUACACCAUGUCCGAUGUGAACGGAAACUUCGCUACUGCUGCUGUGAACAUUUCAGUUCUUAGCAUCCCUCCUCGGUUUACUUCAUCUCCAAGCGAAGUCUAUGCAACUGAAGACACGAUAAGUCCCCAGUUUGGGGGUUUCCCUGGGUUUGAGGUAAGAUAUUCAGAAUUGGCCGAGGAUAUCACAGUUACUCUUGGGGCACGGUCUGGCACUUUGCUUUUGUCUCCUGUGUUAAUGCAAUUUUUCCAGCCCAUUUCUGGACAACUUGCCGUUGAGAAAGGGGAGGGAGGGAAUAUUUUGAUCUUGAAGGGCCGUGUCGAUGAAAUCAAUUUAGCGCUUCAAUCUGUUCAGUAUAUCGGAAAUGAGAACUUCAAUGGGAAUGACUCUCUUCAAGUUUCAGCUGGCAACACUAAUGGGCAAACGAAUUUGGAUAUCCCAGUCUUAAUAGAACCCAUUAAUGAUCCUCCAUUCAUUAAUGUUCCUAGGUUUCUCUUCUUAAAGGGGAAUGGAGACGGGUCCCUGAUCUUUGAUAAGAAGAGAGACGACUUUGAGUUCUCCAUUGGAGAUCCUGAUCUUGCCUACUAUCCUGGUAGCGAGUCGCAGUUUAUAUUUUCAUUUUCUGUUGAAGUUGACGUUGGAUAUCUGGAAACUAGUCUCCCAGCUCAGCUCAGCCUUACUACUGAAUUGAAGCUACAAAGUAGUCAUAUGUGGCAGCCUCUUCAAACAUAUGUAACUAUCUCAAAACACUUUCUUGUCAGAGCCAGUGGAGUAAGAUUCCGAGGAACGGUGAAUGAUUGCAACAGCGUCCUACAACAACUGUCUUAUAAUGGUGCAGAGCAAGAUGCUCUCUUGACGGUGAAAGUAAACGAUAUGGGACACUAUGGCUGUUCUUCUGCAGACUGUGUCGAAAGGAUUUCAGUGCCCAUGUUUGCUGAGGCUACUGUCAGUCUUGUCCAGGGAAGACAAAUGGGUUUAUUGGCAACAGACAGCAUAGGAAUAGCCGUCAUUGUCGAAUUUAUCAUCAUGUGUACCCUUGGUGCAAUCCUAUUGUUCUUCACAUGCAAAUGUGCAGUCCUUCUUGUGCAUGACAGAAGAAAUCCCAAGGCCGGGAACUUUAAGGCAUCAACAGCUCAAAACUUAGAGGCUAAAACUCAAAAUGCCGAUCCUUCUGAGGAUAGAACAAACAGCAAUUUAUGUUGUUCCACCCCCUUCUUGCAUUGUGGCGAACCUUCAAACUUCAGGAAACGGGCUCGGCUUAACUAUGAACUUGAAGAACCUGGCAAACAUGAAGUCUGUACCCAUCAAUCUUCUAGCGUGCUCAUUCGACAGUACUCAAUUCCUAGCUUUGCGCCACUUUCUAUUGAGAAGGGAAAAUGUUAAAAGGAACAUUUAGGUGUGUUUGUAAGAAAUGUGAAAAUUUGUGGAAAAGAUACAUUGAAAUCAUUGAUCUCAUAACUCGCUCUCUUGGUGGUUCAUUCACCUUGUUUAAGGAACUAAUAAGCAAAAUAAAAAUGAUACCACCUUCAUUUAGUUUAGAAGUUAUUUUAUGUUUCCCUGGUAUCAGGGUGAUCCUAUGGCUAAUCCUAUGUACAUCAGCCCAGGUAAUACACUAGAACUGCAUUAUUAGUAUUCAUCACUUUGACUGAUUGAUGACCGAGUAUAAUAUUCUGACGAUGCAAAUGAUGACGAUGAUGAGUCUUCGUCCUUCUUUGUUACAGUGUCUCCAGCAUACAGAACAGGCCUCGGAGGAAGUUCCAAGCUUUCCAACUCCCCUUCGAGCAUCUCCACCACUUUGUUCAUUGGAGGACGGUUUACCGGGUUGGUUUGAAUGCACCACAACCCCACUAUCACCAUCUUCCUCGCAACCACAUUCUCUUCCUCCGUAGAAUGUCCAACCACAACAUGAUCCCCAGCAGGCGAGUUCGACGACAACACCUCGUCGUGAACCCAGAAGGGGAAGUAAACCUGGCUCGAAUUAUCCGUCACUGCAGCGUUAUCCCUCUUUCCUGCCAUUUCCAACAGCAGCAUCCCAAAGCUAUAUACAUCAGCUUUGUAAGAGACACCCCCAAUGUUCUUGUAGAACAGCUCUGGUGCCAUGUACCCUAUGGUCCCACGUAUGGCAGUCAGAGUUGCCACCCUGUCACCAGUUGGAUAAAGCUUCGCCAGCCCAAAAUCAGAUACCUUGGGGCUGAAGUUGUCAUCCAGAAGGAUGUUGUGUGGCUUGAUGUCGAAAUGCAAAAUCUGCAUAUCACAUCCCGAGUGUAAAUACUCGAUGCCACGUGCCACCCCGAGAGAGAUCCGGUACAUUUGCUCCAAGCUCAGAGUUUCGUAACCUUGCUUGUGGAACACGUACUUGUCGAGGGAGCCGUUGGGCAUGAACUCAUAGACCAGAGCACGCUUCGAUCCUUCGGAGCAGAAACCAAUCAGUCGAACGACGUUGGCAUGGUGAAUCCUGCCAAUGGUGGCAACUUCACUCAUGAAGUCUUGACCUCCUCCUCCUCCAGCUGCUGACUUGCCAAGCAUCUUCACAGCUGCAAACCCGCCACUGCGAAGCUUUCCUUUGUACACAGCACCAAAACCGCCUUCGCCUAGCUUGUCCUUGAAGCCACGAGUGAUCUUCUUGAUGUCAGAGUAAGAGUAACGAACUGGGGUCAUCAGGUUGUUCUGGUUCUGGAGGAACUCUUCGAUCUUGUCGUAUGCCGAGAGAUGUCUCCUUCGCCAUCUGUAGACGAGGAAUGCUAUCACGAGUGGGGUUCCCAGUGGCACCAUUGCCACGUGAGCUAGAACCACAAGGGUAUAUAGGAGUCUUCCAAGGGUUGUUGUAAUCAAUAUGAUUUGGUCCCAUAGUCCAGAGCAGAGAACUUUGUUGUCCUUAUCAAGGUAGCAACUAUUGACCCCUAAGCAGCCAGCGCACUUGUACAGAUGCCACGAGAGCUCGAACCCAUAUUCGAGCUGUCGGUGAACUUCUUGAAACCCGACCUGGUCGUAAGAACCAUCCUUCUUCUUCGCCAACAUCGCCAUCAUAUCAACCCUGCACAUCUUCCCCAAGCUGAGAGCAUCCAUUGCACCACCAAAAACCGCAUAACCCGAAGAAUUGUUCACUCCACUGAUGCAUGGAGCUGUUUCCACCAAUCCUGCAGAACUGCUGAGAGUACCCUGGCAGCUGAACAGAGUUAACACUUCAUUCAAGCGCUCUUCCCUCUUGGACAAGAACCUCUGUCUGUCCCUUGUUGCUAUGUAUGGAUCGAGGAAGUAGAAGCUGUUUUCGGACAGAGGGCUGGUGGGCAAGGAAGAGCAUUGGCCGUCGAUUAUUCCCUCAUUGACCAACCUGAUUGUUAAGUUCUUGUAGUUUAUUGCUCUGACGUAGUAUCUGGCUGACUCGAUGUAAAGCACCGUUGUGUUGCUCUCGCAUGAGAGGUUGUACUUUUGGUUUCCGCAGCUUUGUGGAUCAGUCGUCAGGCGAAAAGGGUCCUUGAUUUCGGGGAUUUCGCCGCAGGAGGAAGGACUGCAGGUUCCUCCAUCUGCAGUAGCUGCCUGGCAAGUUUGGGCAAGUAGCAGCAGCAAGAGAAAUAAUGAGUAGGGAAUCAACCCAUCUGGGAAAUGGAAGGGAAGCCUUGCACUGAACAUGGCAGAGUUCAAGCAAGCAAUCUGCUCUCUCGCAUAUUGAGGAGAACCUUUUCCCUUGCAGAUUUGAUUUGAUUUGAUUGUCUACUAUUCAACGGAGUAUGAACAGAGAAAGCUAGUGGAGUCAGCAACUAUCAUCGUUUCUGAAUAGUCAAACUCAAACCUCGGCCAACCACGGUUGGGGGGUAAAGAGUGGAAAGUGGGCAUUAAUUAAUGAUAGGCGGAAGAAUCGACAGGAG